AUGACUCCUGCCCUCUCAGUCCUGCUGUGCCUUGGGCUGUGUCUGUGCAGCAGGACAAGGACCCAGGCAGCAGAAGGAUUCCCCAAACCCUCCCUCAGGGCAGAGAAUGGCUCUUUAGUGCCCCGAGGGGGAGCUGUGACCCUCAGGUGCAGGGGGUCAUGGGAGGCUGAAGAGUGGCAGCUGGAGAAAAAAGAAGGAUCUGGAUGGUCACAGAUCAAAACUGUGAAAAAAGCUGGAAAUGAGGGCAAGUUUUCCCUCCCAUCCGUGACACCAAAUAAUGCAGGGACCUACCAGUGCCGCCACAGACAUUCAUCCUACAGGUGGUCAGAGCGUAGUGACCCCCUAGAGCUGGUGGUGACAGGCCUCUCUGCCCCGCCCUCCCUGGCAGCCCUGCCCAGCUCUGAGGUGGCCCCAGGACAGAACGUGACCCUGAAAUGUCAGUCAGAGCUAUAUCAUGACUGGUUUGCCCUGUACAAGGAUGGAGAAGAGAUCAGCCACAGCAGGACCCGGAGCCAUGGAAGGGGACAUCAGACCAUCUUCUUCUUCCCUGUUGUGAACCCGACCCACGAUGGCACUUACCAAUGUUACCGCUUUUAUAGUUAUUCCCCCCAUCUGUGGUCCUCCCCCAGCGCCCCCCUGGUGCUCAGGGUCUCAGGAACCUUCUCUCCAAGACCUGAGUCUGAGAACAGGCCCUCAGAUGCUGCUGCCUUGGAUUACACUGUGGACAAUCUGGUCCGUCUCAUCUUGGCUGGGCUGGUCCUUGUCCUCCUGGGGGUCCUGCUAGCUGAGCACUGGAAAAGCUCCAGGAGUCAACCCAUCCAGGGAGUCCUUGGCUGA